UGCGCUACUGUAUAUACUGUGUCAUGAGCAUGGGACAGUAGAAAUUGUUCUAAAUGUCUUUACUAAUCUGUUUUGAACUAAAUUUUCUCGACAAGUGAAUAAAGUAAAUUAUUUCGUUUACAACUUUUGAAAAUGACGACACUUAGACCCUUCACAUGCAAUGAUUUGUUCAAAUUUAAUAACGUGAAUUUGGAUCCACUCACAGAAACAUAUGGACUUUCGUUUUAUAUGCAUUAUCUUUCACAUUGGCCAGAAUACAUUCAAGUGGCAGAAUCUCCAAGUGGUGAAAUUAUGGGUUACAUUAUGGGAAAGGCUGAAGGUCAUGGAGAAAAUUGGCAUGGUCAUGUAACAGCCCUCACAGUUUCUCCUGAUUACAGAAGAUUAGGUCUUGCUGCAAUGUUGAUGAAAUAUCUUGAGGACGUUUCAGAAAAGAAACAGGCGUAUUUCGUGGAUCUCUUUGUUAGAGUAAGCAACAAGGUGGCUAUUACAAUGUAUCAACAAUUAGGAUACAUUGUGUAUAGAACAGUAUUAGAAUAUUACAAUGGAGACCCAGAUGAAGAUGCAUAUGAUAUGAGAAAAGCCUUAUCAAAAGAUGUAAAAAAGAAAUCUAUGAUUCCAUUAACACAUCCUGUAAGACCAGAAGAGGUGGAUUGAAGCUUGAAUUUCUUGUAUCGACACAAAAAUUGAAAAAUUAUCACAUAGCGAUAACGUUCAUAUAGGCUCGGAGAUGUUCCGUUCGGUAUUGAAAAUUGGAAAGAAACGCAUCGCUGUAUCAUUCGAGAGAUAUACUCCUAAACAUUUAAUAACUUUGAUUAAUAUAUAUAUACACGAUACGAUGUAAAUACAUCACUAUUACGCAAUAUUUUACGCAUUCUUUUUCGUUUCUGUUUUUAAUUUGAUAUAUAAAUGCGUAGCAAAAGUCUCAGCUUAUUAUUUACGUAGCCGCUGGAUGAAACUAUUCGAUGUGUAAUCGCACAUACUAAAUUAGGCAGUGUUACAGAUCGAUUUUAGUGUUCGAUUCUAUUUCAGCCGCUCUUUAAUCACCAGCACGGUCGUUCGUGGUUAGCUCUUAUGCUUAUUAUUAAAUAUUUACACAGAUACAUUCUUGUAAGCGUCGAUACUAAUUUACAUGCACAUACAAACGUAAACAUGAUUCGAACAGGUUUGCGACUUCUCGAAAAAAAAAAAUAA